AUGCUAACUUUUAGAAUAAGUAACUGGUCUGAUGGAGAUUUGUCUGUGAUUAGUGAAGCUGUUAAUUUUACAGAAGGUACAAAGAUCCUAGUAAUCGUUCUGAUAGCUUUACUUAUAUUCCUAACGGUCGCUGGUAACAUUCUGGUAAUGUUGGCUUUUAUGGUGGACAAGCGGCUAAGGACACAUAGCAACUUUUUCCUGUUAAAUCUGGCCAUUUGUGAUUUCUUACUGGGUGCAAUUGCUAUACCCCUAUAUGUACCAUAUAUGUUGACUGGGAGAUGGAUGCUUGGAAGAUUUCUCUGUAAAUUGUGGCUGGUCAUUGAUUAUACAAUGUGUACAGCUUCAGCUUUUAAUGUGGUCCUUAUCAGCUUUGACAGAUUUCUUUGCAUCACGAUGGCUGUUUUGUAUCGCUCUCUACAACAACGGCAUAGUCUGACUAUCCUUAAGAUGACUGUAGUCUGGAUAGUAUCAUUUCUUCUGUACAGCCCAGCCAUUCUCUUCUGGGAACAUUUCACAGGAGACUAUAGCAUGUCCGAAAGCUUCUGUGUUGCGGGAUUUUAUUACACAUGGUAUUUUCUGCUUGGAGCCUCAUCUAUUGGUUUUGCUUUACCUUUUCUAAGCAUUUCAUUUUUUAAUCUGAGCAUCUACUGGAACAUUAAAAAACGCAACAAGAACAAAAGAGCUUCCUCCAAUCCUCAGCAUUCAGAAGAAAGGGGAGCAGAUGUCCAACCGUACAUUAUUUCAACUAAUAUUGUGUUAUCUUCUUCAGACCACAAACAAUUCCGAUCUACUGCAAGGAAAAGAGUGAAGACCCCUGUUUUUCUUAGACAAUGCUUGGGAAAAAGAGCCUCAUUAUCUGAAACCAAUAUUGCAAAUAACAGGGAUGUUUAUAUGAUUAAACUAUCAAAGGAUAAGAAAGUCGCCAAAUCUCUUGCUAUUAUUGUUUGUAUUUUUGGUAUUUGUUGGGCGCCGUACACAUUUUUGAUGAGUAUCCGUGCUGCUUGCCAUGGUUACUGUGUUGACUCUUACUGGUAUGAUAUAACAUUUUGGCUCCUAUGGGUAAAUUCAGCAAUUAACCCCGUCCUCUAUCCUCUGUGUCACAAGAGUUUUAGAAAGGCUUUUAAGAAAGUUUUUUUACAAGCAUGUUUAAAGAAGGACCGGAAUAAACUGUAA